AUGGGUACUUUAGUUGGUCAUGUGGCACCAGGCUAUGCCUUCCUUGCUCUUGGUUUAUGGCACCUCUUUAGCCAUAUCAAGCUCCAUGCUCAGCAACCAAGCUCUUACAUGUCCUCACCAUGGUUUCCCACUUCAAAAUUUAGGUACUUGGAGCUCUUCCUCAUCAUGUUGGGCAGCUCUAUUUCUGUGGCCAUGGAACUCUUUAUUGGUCCUAAAAAGCAUCAGCCACUCGACACUGAUGGAACCAUACCGUCAAACCACCUGCACAACUUCGAACACGCCUCGAUAUCAAUGACUUUCUUUGUUUAUGCUGCCUUUGCUGUUCUUUUUGAUAAAAUUGGACCUAAAGCUCAAUAUGGGCUAACGCAAUUUCUUGGAGCAUUAGCCUUUGGUCAACAACUUUUCCUCUUCCACCUUCACUCGGCUGAUCACAAGGGGAUUGAAGGCCAAUAUCACUUGCUUCUACAGAUUGUCAUAGUUGUUUCUCUAGCCACCACUCUCAUGGGCAUUGGCCUCCCAAGAAGCUUUAUGGUUAGCUUUGUUAGGUCAGCUAGUAUUGUGUUCGAAGGAGUUUGGUUCAUAGUCAUGGGCUACGCAUUAUGGACCCCUUCUUGGAUACCUAAAGGUUGCUUCCUUAACUUAGAAGAAGGUCACCGAGUGGCUAGAUGUCGUAGUGAAGAGGCUUUGCAUCGAGCUAAAUCACUCGUGAACAUUCAAUUUAGCUGGCUGUUGAUUGGAAUCAUGAUUUUUGUGAUGUCCUUCUAUCUGUUCUUGGUCAAGUUUUAUGGUGACAAAGUUGAGUACUCGACGUUGACAAAGGAAGCAGACUUGCUAGAUGAGGACAAGGAUGGUUUAGAAUCGCAAAAGAGCAACAAAGUUGGUGACAAGAGGAGUUUUAUGGAUAUUGGAAGAAGUUUUGUACCAAUUGACAUGGAAAGGUAA